CUCGCCAUCGUCGGUCGCCGCCUCCGUUCGCCGCUCCUCCCUCCUGUGGUCCUGCCUCUCCCUCCUGCGGUCCCGGUGCUUGGAUCCAGUCGCGCCCAUAGCAUCCCACCUCCCUGCCGGCUGCCGCCCUGUGCCCUUGCGGGUUGCGGCUCUGCUCCCGGCCGCUGCCCUGCGCCCUUGCGGGUUGCGGCUCUGCUCUCGGCCGCUGCAAGUGAACGGCUGCCAUGGCACUGCCCAGUCGGCGUCCUAGCCUUUCCAGGCCUCCAGCAUAGAGCUGGUGGUCGCCCGAUUUGACGUAUCCAACUCAGAGCUCGCCCGCUACCCUCAUUCCCCAAUUUUAAUUUGUGGUUUCUUCUUUAAUUUAGGGUUUCUACCAGUACAUGAACCGAUCAAUGUUGCACAUCAUUUUGUGUUAAAUUGUGUCAUUGUGAUAGGUAGAAAAGAAAUUAUUAUUGCAUAAUAUUGAAGAAUCAAGAGGACAUGGGGCAUUGCUUCUCUUUUCAAUAGACAUGUUUGAAGAUAGAGAAGAAGAAUCCGCCGGAUAUGAUCGAAGAACAAACCAAAGAACUUCUCAAGAGAAUAUGUUUGAAGCAGACAAAGCAAACAGGGUGGGGAUCUCGUCAGGAGAUUCCUCGCAGCCUCAGCCACAAGAGAUCAUCACCGUUGACAAUCAACGCCCACACAUGUCGGUUGAUGAUUUGCUCAAGGCAAUAAAAGGAGCCAACGGCAUGCCGGUGUUGUUCGUCCCCUCCAGCGACGGCCGGCUGGCGGCAGUAGCCAUGGACGGCCUCCAUCAGAAUCUGGUGCCCACCUACUCCAUUUCCGAAAAGAAGAACCAACAGGAUUUCCGGGCCUGGCUGCUGCUCCUCACGUCACUGGUCGCUACCGUCACCUUCACCGCAGGGCUCGCCCCGCCUGGCGGCUUCUGGGACAUCGCCGACACCUCGAUCAUGCGCGAUAAGUUCCCCCGCAUGUACUUGGUCUUCUACUACCGCAACACCACCGCUUUCUUCACGUCCCUGAUGAUCAUCGGCAUGCUCGCCAAGAACGUGUACAACAAGGAGACCGUAGUCCUAAAGAACCGUUUCUUCGUAGCCCUUGUCGGCCUCUGCUUCAUGACCUUGGGGACUAGCUACAUCACCGGCACCUGGGUCAGCCCCAGGGGAGGGGUCUACAACAUCGUCAUGUUUGUGGUAGUCAUUUGCUACAUGACCAUGCACUGGGUUCUGGACUUCAUAGUCUGGAUGCAACGCCGUGCUACAUGAAGUGAAAGAUCCAUCCCCGGAACCAUCGGUUUGUUGCUAUGAGUGAGCUAUAUGUAAGAACAAAAUUUUGUUAUCGGACACCGGCUUGUAUCCGUAAAUCCCUGUCCUGGUUUUGCUGCACAUGCUCCUAUUUUGACACCAUGGAGUUGUAAUUUGAUGCAUCCGAUCCUUCAGCCAGCAAAGCACUGCAUUGGGGGCGUAUACUCAGCAGU